AGUACAGUACAACAAUCGAGAUGGCACCGAAAGCUAGUGGAAAGGCCGUUAAGAAAUCCGGCAAAGCUCAGAAGAACAUUGUGAAGGGAGACAAGAAGAAGCGCAAGCAACGCCGUAAGGAAAGCUACGCUAUCUACAUAUAUAAGGUGUUGAAGCAAGUUCACCCGGACACCGGAGUCUCGUCGAAAGCCAUGAGCAUCAUGAACAGCUUUGUCAACGAUAUCUUCGAACGUAUUGCUGCCGAAGCUUCUCGUCUGGCUCAUUACAACAAGCGUUCUACGAUCACGUCUCGCGAGGUUCAGACAGCCGUUCGCCUGCUGCUGCCAGGAGAAUUAGCGAAACAUGCCGUUUCGGAGGGAACAAAGGCUGUCACCAAAUAUACCAGUUCCAAGUAAAUUCUUCUGACCAAUAAUUUUAAACAUCGGCCCUUUUCAGGGCCAUCAAUUUGUUACCAAAGAGUUGGACUGAAUUACUUCA